AUGGCGAUAGUGCCAGGGUCGGAUUCCCCGGUACCGCGGUCGCUCAAAAUCGGCGUUGCGCGGCGGGGCGACGGUGUCUGUCGGAGUGUAUCGCGCACUUUGCGGUUGUGGCCCUCGCGCCGUGCGGAGCACCGUUUGGAGCGCGAGGCGGCACUUGACCGGUUGGUCGCCGCUCGCGAAAACUGGGUCACCGGGCUCCUGGGCGGGACGCUAGACAAAAUAGAACAUGCUGGCGACCCAGCCGCAGAGAAGGUAGCCACCGAAAAGCUAGCCACUGGGGAGCCUACCGACCCAAUUGGUCAAACUGAAGACCCGCUGUUACUGGACUCCCUCGAAAAGGCCGAGCUUGACGUUUUCAUCGCCACUCUCGCGGACCUAUGCACGCAAAUUCAUUUCCUCUAA